AAGGUGACGUCAGAGCGCCCAUGCAAAUGAGGUUGAUUGAAAGAACAAGAGCGUGGGAAUGGCGCAUGCGCAGUACGGCUGUGAGUUUGGAGAAGCUGUAAGUGCGGUCUGUUACCCUGUGGUAGUGCCAAGUGUUUGAGACGCGGGAUCCGAGGUGCCUGCGCUAUUCCCUAUACAGUAAGAGAAGAUGAUCGGGUUUUACAAGCCGAAGACUUACCGGAGCCCGAGGGGCUGUUGUAUCUGCAAAACCAAAUCCUCCAGCUCCCGAUUCACUGACAGCCGGCGAUACGAGGGCGACUUUCCGAGCUGUUUUGGGAUUCGGGAAAGCCGCUCAGGGGAUAUCUGUAAUGCCUGUGUCCUGCUGGUGAAAAGAUGGAAGAAACUUCCCACUGGGACCAAAAAGAACUGGAAUCAUGUUGUGGAUGCCAGGGGAGGGCCCAACCUUAAAGCAAUGAGGAUACGUCCCAAAAAGAUCCGACCCUUUGCCUCGCGGAGACUUCAAAACAAGUCGGGGGCGGAGCUGAAGAGCGGUCUAUAUACUGGAGCCCACAGCAGUGCAUCUAGUGGCUCCCCAGAGCAUUCCUCGUCGUGCAGCAAUCACUCCGAUACUGACACCGACACUGAACUCGGGUCUGCACCCAGCACCGACUCCGCCUUCUCUUUCCUAGACCCCACCUACUGGAAAAGGCAGAAGGUUUGCUGUGGGAUUAUUUAUGAAGGUCGCUAUGGGGAGUUGCUCAUAGACACCCGGCAGUUCAAGCCCUGCUGCACCUCUAAGAAGCCACAGACCCAACAAACCGAGCCGGUCGACUCCCAGCAACUUAGACCAACAUAAAGGAGAAUUUGUAUUGUUGGGGGGGGGGCUCAGGCUUUGGCCCAUCUGCCAAAGAACUUGCUGCAAUUUACUUUUUUUUUUUAAAAAACAAAAACCUUCCCCCCCCCUGUUGAUGCCAUUUUUUUACUGUAUGUAAAUAUAUAAUAUUUUUAAUGUAUUGUGACUCCCGGCCUAUGCUCUUGCCCUCCUCCCCUCCCCCCCGCUCCAAAGGGCUGCAAGACUUUGUGCAUGGUAGGGGGAUAGGUUUUUUUUUUUUCUUCCUUAUAUUAUAGAUGAGGGGACUCGUGUAUAUAACUAUUUGCCAGUAUUUUUAUAUUGUAUUUGUAUAAUACCACUAUUUUUAUUUGCAAAUGAUGUCUAUGCAUUUGUAGGCAGUAUUUUUGUGCCUGUAAAUAUGAGAUUUCCCUUGUACCCCAAUUCCUUCAUCCCUGUUCAUUAACUAUGCAAUAACCCAGCCGCCAGCAGGGGGCAGAAGAGAGUGUGAGGGUUUUAGCUAUUGGGGAACUACUGUGAUUAAUUCCUUCCUCCCAUCAAAUACUGUUAAGGGCAGAGACACACGCUGCUAUUUCGGGGUAAUAGUCGCCCAGCAGAAAAUUGCUUCUUCGUGCGACUAAUCUCCCCAAACUGAGAGAAGAAGAGAUUUGUCGCUGGCAGGAAGGCGGUUUGGGGAGAUUGGUCGCCCAAAUAAGAAGAAUCGUUUUGACUAAUCUCCCGAAAUAGCAGCGUGUCUCUGCCCUAAAGGGGUUGUGGCGUUUUAAGGGGGAAGUUCAUCCAUAACUUGAUGAUGUAGAGAGUGAUAUUCGGAGCCAAUUUGCAAUUCGUUUUUUUUUUUUGGAUUUGCGGUUAUUUAAUUGUUCGGCUUUUUGUUCCACCGCUCUCGAGUUUGCAAUUUUACCUGUGAUGUGGUUGCUAGGGUCCAAUUUAACCUAGCAAUGGUUUGGAAGAGAGACAGGAAUAUAAAAAGUAGGGAUGCACCGAAUCCAGGAUUCAGUGAGGGAUUCGACCUUUUUCAGCAGGAUUCGGCUGAAUCCUUCUGCCCAACUGUACUGAUUCUAAUUUGCAUAUGCUAAUUAGGGCCGGAUAGGUAAAUCGCAUGACUUUUUGUCACAAAACAAGUAAGUAAGAAUUGUUUCCCCCUUCCCACCCCUAAUUUGAAUAUGCAAAUUAGUAUUUGGUUCGGUUCUUUCGCAGAGGAUUCAGGGGAUUUGCUCAAAUCCAAAAUAGUGAAUUCGGUGCAUCCCCAAUAAAGAGUAAAAAUAAAGUUGUAUCCUCAUGGAGCAAUAGGCUUUUUUUUUUGUUUUGUUUUGGCUCCUUCCAUUUGAAAGCUGGGAAGACGAAUGCAAAUAGUUUAAAAAAGAAAAAAUUGAAGACCAAUUGAAAAGCUGCUAAGAAUAAUUGGUUCUUUAACAUGAGACAAAUUGCUCUUUAAUUGUUUUUUUUUUUUUUUUUUUUUUUUUUUGAGGCUGCCAACCGGUAUUUGGUUGCUAGGGUACAGUAAACCAUAACAACCAGCCCAUUGUGUCAAUGAGACACUGGGAGAUGAAUUAGAACAAUGAUAAUUAAGGCUCACAACAUCUGCUGGGGUCAGUGACCCCUUCCCAGGACAUUCUAACACAUUCUCCUCCCCCUUUAUCAUUUGGAAAAAGAUAAAGGGGGAGGAAUAUUUGUAAUUUAGACUUUAUUCUGUGACCCUCAAUCUCGCUUGCUCUCUCUCUCUCUAUUACAGCCGGACUCGGGUUGUACAGUCUAUUCAGGCAGCUAAAGAGACUUCUGGAUACUGGAAGUCUGGGAAUUUUAGGGGUGGGGGGUGUUUGGGGGGACCUCCCCCCUGAAUCUGUUGAUCUCCGUGUGAGAUUUGUGACGCUCAUGUCUGUACUUGGAUUUUUUAUAAAGAAGAUUUUGUAACUUUUAUAUAAGGAAUAUUAUUCUUUCUGCAAUAAACUUUAUAUACUUGUA